CGAAUAAAUAGACAAACAAACGUGUUUUGAGUUUAUUGCACACCGAAUUUUUGCACUUGUAUUCAUCGAGUGUGGGAUAGGCGGCUCCUUAAACACAGACCACAGGUCGUACCCAAACAGUUUGUACAGGUUGCAAUUUUGAAUUAUCCUCUGAUAGGCUUUGUAAUCAUAUCUUGCCCUUAAACACACAUCAUCAUGGCAUCAACACAAUUCUCCAGUGAUAUGUUGACGCCAACGAUUAUAGCCAACUCUGCCGGAUGGAUGAUGGGGGGCCUCACGUUUCCGACGAUACUAAGAAUAUCUCAGAGCUACGUAUUUUAUCCUUUGGGGUUCGAUACAUCGACUCGCUUCAAGGCCUCUUCGUGUGGUUUCUUGGCGGUUUUGAUAGGAGGCUCAGUUUCGUCAUUGCUUGCUAUUGAGCUCAGAAAUAGAGUGAUACUCGAAUUGGAUAGCGACACAUCGGUGCUUCCGUCGUAUAGUUUCAAGAACAGGAAGUCAACUGACAAAUUGCUCCUGUGUGGUAUGCUGUCCACAGUGAUGUUCCGACUAUUUGGUGGACGAUUUAUUAACAUAAUACCAAGUAACGUCGCGACCAGGGGAGCAUAUGCGAAUAUCAUGCAGUCACUACCCGCGUCAUCAUCAAAAUAUGCCACUGCAAACGAGCGCAAGUUAAUCACUAAAUUAGGGCAAGCCUACGGUUGUCAUACAUGUGGGGCGAAAAGUGGGAGCACCAUUUUCCAUGCCGACCACCAGCCACCCAAUGCCCAUAAGUGGUUCUGGCAAACGCAAAGAUUCUAUGCCCAGUGUCAGAACUGCUCUGGAAAACAAGGUGCGAGUAUUGGAAGUAAGACGGUCAGGAGUAUAACUCACUUCAAUUUCCGAAUGUACUUAGUGUGGAUGCCAAUCCCUUUAUUCCUAGAAGCCGCUAGCGAAUAUGACGCUUGAUUUCUAUUUAAGCGCCUUGAUACUAGGACAUGUACUUAUGGUGGGCUAUAAUAUGAAUCCUUAUGUCAAUGUUGGCGGUUGGCGAGUUCGCCGAUCUGACUGAACUGUAUCAGUCAGCAAAUGAGCACACAACCAUGUGCGUGCAAGGAUCACGUGUCUAGUUGUUGCAUGAUAUCAAUUCCUUGGCCAUCAAUAAAGAUAUAUCUAUGUAUUAGCAAGAGUAGUAGACAUGCUAGACAAGACUGUAGAGUGUCGAGUUGUAAACUGUAGAGUGUAGAGUUGUAAACUGUAGAGUGUAGACUGAGAAGUG